UCAAAAUGACAAAAGAGUGGUAUCGGUAACUGGUAUCACCCAUCAUGUCUUAGAAUGCCUGUAAUAGGACUUCAUUUAAAACCGAGGCUCCGCCCACCGCAGGCAAGCAUCGUAAGGCAAAAGUGUAUCACAAAAUACAUUCCUCAUUCUGCUCCACAAUAUUUAAAACCAUUACAUUUAUACCAAAAGUAAAUAUUAAAAGUGGAGAGACCAAACCGUGUCCUUCGAGAGUUAAAAAAAACAACUUGGCGAUUCGGGAUGACGUCACCAAAAUGCGGCCACUUUUGGCGCCAUUUAAGCUGCGGGAAGAGUGACCGGCGUCCUUUUGAUCCACAAGACCGUCGUCCUGUCGAUCCACAAAUAAGGUACCACAGUUGGCCUGCAGUUUGGAUGCGACCAGAACCGGCUAACCGACUUGGCCACCAGAACUGCAGUACCACAGUUGGCCUGCAGUUUGGAUGCGACCAGAACCGGCUAACCGACUUGGCCACCAGAACUGCAGUAUGUACCACAGUUGGCCUGCAGUCUGUCUGUCCGUGCGUCCGUCUGUCCGUGCGUCCGUCUGUCCGUGCGUCCGUCUGUCCGUGCGUCCGUCUGUCCGUGCGUCCGUCUGUCCGUCCGUCCGUCUGUCCGUCCGUCCGUCUGUCCGUCCGUCCGUCUGUCCGUCCGUCCGUCUGUCCGUCCGUCCGUCCGUCCGUGCGUCCGUCCGUGCGUCCAUCCGUGCGUCCAUCCGUGCGUCCAUCCGUGCGUCCAUCCGUGCGUCCGUCCGUCCACACAGGUACCGCAGCUGGCCUGCAGUUUGGAUGCGACCAGAACCGGCUAACCGACUUGGCCACCAGAACUGCAGUAUGUACCACAGUUGGCCUGCAGUUUGGAUGCGACCAGAACCGGCUAACCGACUUGGCCACCAGAACUGCAGUACCGCAGUUUGGAUGCGACCAGAACCGGCUAACCGACUUGGCCACCAGAACUGCAGUAUGUACCACAGUUGGCCUGCAGUUUGGAUGCGACCAGAACCGGCUAACCGACUUGGCCACCACAACUGCAGUAUGUACCGCAGUUUGGAUGCGACCAGAACCGGCUAACCGACUUGGCCACCAGAACUGCAGUAUGUACCACAGUUGGCCUGCAGUUUGGAUGCGACCAGAACCGGCUAACCGACUUGGCCACCAGAACUGCAGUAUGUAUGUCUGCACCCAGCUAACUAACUUGGCCUCUUCAACUGCAGUAUGUAUGUAUGUAUGCACGUAUCCACACAGGUACCACAGUUGGCCUGCAGUUUGGAUGCGACCAGAACCGGCUAACCGACUUGGCCACCAGAACUGCAGUAUGUACCACAGUUGGCCUGCAGUUUGGAUGCGACCAGAACCGGCUAACCGACUUGGCCACCACAACUGCAGUAUGUAUGUCUGCACCCAGCUAACUAACUUGGCCUCUUCAACUGCAGUAUGUAUGUAUGUAUGUAUGCACGUAUCCACACAGGUACCACAGUUGGCCUGCAGUUUGGAUGCGACCAGAACCGGCUAACCGACUUGGCCACCACAACUGCAGUAUGUAUGUCUGCACCCAGCUGACUAACUUGGCCUCUUCAACUGCAGUAUGUAUGUAUGCACGUAUCCACACAGGUCCGUGCGUCCGUGCGUCCGUCUGUCUGUCCGUGCGUCCGUCUGUCUGUCUGUCCGUGCGUCUGUCCGUCUGUCCGUCCGUGCGUCCGUCCGUCUGUCCGUCCGUCCGUCCGUGCGUCCGUCCGUCCGUGCGUCCGUCCGUCCGUCCGUGCGUCCGUCUGUCUGUGCGUGCGUCCGUCCACACAGGUACCGCAGCUGGCCUGCAGUUUGGAUGCGACCAGAACCGGCUAACCGACUUGGCCACCAGAACUGCAGUAUGUAUGUCUGCACCCAGCUAACUAACUUGGCCUCUUCAACUGCUGUAUGUAUGUAUGUAUGUAUGUAUGCACGUAUCCACACAGGUACCACAGUUGGCCUGCAGUUUGGAUGCGACCAGAACCGGCUAACCGACUUGGCCACCAGAACUGCAGUACCGCAGUUUGGAUGCGACCAGAACCGGCUAACCGACUUGGCCACCAGAACUGCAGUACCACAGUUGGCCUGCAGUUUGGAUGCGACCAGAACCGGCUAACCGACUUGGCCACCACAACUGCAGUAUGUAUGCCUGCACCCAGCUAACUAACUUGGCCUCUUCAACUGCAGUAUGUAUGUAUGUAUGUAUGUAUGUAUGUAUGUAUGUAUGUAUGCACGUAUCCACACAGGUACCGCAGUUUGGAUGCGACCAGAACCGGCUAACCGACUUGGCCACCAGAACUGCAGUACCACAGUUGGCCUGCAGUUUGGAUGCGACCAGAACCGGCUAACCGACUUGGCCACCAGAACUGCAGUAUGUAUGUCUGCACCCAGCUAACUAACUUGGCCUCUUCAACUGCAGUAUGUAUGUAUGUAUGUAUGUAUGUAUGCACGUAUCCACACAGGUACCACAGUUGGCCUGCAGUUUGGAUGCGACCAGAACCGGCUAACCGACUUGGCCACCAGAACUGCAGUAUGUAUGUCUGCACCCAGCUAACUAACUUGGCCUCUUCAACUGCAGUAUGUAUGUAUGUAUGUAUGUAUGUAUGUAUGUAUGUAUGUAUGUAUGUAUGUAUGUAUGUAUGUAUGUAUGUUUGCACCCAGCUAACUAACUUGGCCUCUUGAACUGCAGUGUCUGCGUGCGUGCGUGCGUAUGUAUGUGCGUGCGCGCGUGCGUAUGUAUGUUUAUGUGUAUGUAUGUUUGUGCGUGCGUGCGUGUGUGUGUAUGUGUAUGUAUGUAUAUGUUUAUGUGUGUGUGUGUGUAUGUAUGUAUAUAUGUUUGUGUAUGUAUGUUUAUGUAUAUGUGUGUGUGUGUGUAUGUAUGUGUGUAUGUUUGUGUAUGUUUGUGUAUGUUUUUGUAUGUGUGCGUGCGUACGUACGUAUGUAUGUAUGUAUGUGCGUGCGCGCGUGCAUAUGUAUGUUUAUGCGUGCGUGUGUGUGUAUGUAUGUAUGUAUAUGUUUACGUGUAUGUAUGUAUGUUUAUGUGUGUUUGUGUUUGUGUGUGUGUUUUUGUGUGUGUUUGUGUGUGUGUUUGUGUGUGUGUUUUACAGGUACCACAGUUGGCCUGCGACCAGAACUGGCUAACCGACUUGGCCACCAGAACUGCAGUAUGUAUGUCUGCACCCAGCUAACUAACUUGGCCUCUUCAACUGCAGUAUGUAUGUAUGCACGUAUCCACACAGGUACCGCAGUUUGGAUGCGACCAGAACCGGCUAACCGACUUGGCCACCAGAACUGCAGUACCACAGUUGGCCUGUUGAACUGCAGUGUGGAUGCAACCAGAACCAGCUAACUAACUUGGCCUCUUGAAGUGCAGUAUUUUGUGGAUGCAACCAGAACCAGCUAACUUACCUGUCCUGUUGAACUGCAGUUUGGAUGCGACCAGAACCGGCUAACCGACUUGGCCACCAGAACUGCAGUAUGUACCUUUUAAAGACGCGCAAGGAUGGAUACCUUCAUGUGGAGUUGUGUUUUUAAUCAUCCAUAUUCAUUCAACCACUUAUUUGUUCUUAUCCUUAAGGUAAGAGGUAAGGUAAGGUAAGCCUUUUUACUGGGUAAAAGCACAGACUUUGAAAACUUGCCAUGGGGAUAAACGUUGUCACACAAGUUAACCACUGUAAAAAAACAAAAAAGGCAAACUAUUUAAACGUAAGGUCACACAAGUGUCAAAAGAAUUUAAACACACUCACUGCGCAGUUUGUGUAAAAGGGGAAAAAAUUCUUGUGUAUGGUGUUUUCAAAAAGCAAAACAGAAACUUGUCACAAAUGUAUGAAAUAACUUCUUAACAAGAGCUCUUGUGUGUGUCAAAAUCAAAACAAAAAUCAAAAUGUGCAAACUUCACAAAAGCAAAAGGUGCAAAACAUUGUUGGGACAAGUGUUAAAAGGUUGGUCACACAAGUUAACCACUGUAAAACUGGAACAAAAUGUGUAUACUGUGUCUGAAGGUUUAAAAAAAAUAAAGAGGUCUUGUGUGUGUGUGUCAUAAUCAAAGCACUUGUGUGACAAACGACAGCUCUUGUGUUUGCCAUGGUGUCAAAAACUGCAAACUUGGCAAAAAAUUUGCAAAAUGUUGUGACAAGUGUGAUUUUUUUUUUUGAAGGUUUAAAAAAAAAACAAAAAACAAGAGGUCUUGUGUGUGUCAUAAUCAAAGCACUUGUGUGACAAAUCUAAAAAUAACACUAACUCAAAGGUUUUUUUUUUCAGGAAACACGGUAAAACAAAGGGUCACAAAAAAUUGAAUAACGACAGCUCUUGUGUUUGCCAUGGUGUCAAAAACUGCAAACUUGACCAAAAAAAAAGCAAAAAAUUUGCUAAAUGUUGUGACAAGUGUGAUGAUUUUUUUUUUGAAGGUUUAAAAAAAAAAAAAAAAAACAAGAGGUCUUGUGUGUGUCAUAAUCAAAGCACUUGUGUGACAAAUCUAAAAAUAACACUAACUCAAAGGUUUUUUUUUCCAGGAAACACGGUAAAACAAAGGGUCACAAAAAAUUGAAUAACGACAGCUCUUGUGUUUGCCAUGGUGUCAAAAACUGCAAACUUGACCAAAAAAAAAGCAAAAAAAUUUGCUAAAUGUUGUGACAAGUGUGGUGAUUUUUUUUUU